AUGGAGUCCAUAAAUGGGACUGAGACAUGGUACAGGAGUCUGCAUGCUGUGCUGAAGGCCCUAAAUGAGACACUCCACAACAGCUUACUCUGCCGACCAGGACCAGGACCUGAACCGGGGUCAGGACCAGACAACCAAACUGAGCAGCGGCAGGCUGUUCCACCCGGCCGUGAUGACAACUCCUACAUGUACAUUCUCUUUGUGAUGUUCCUGUUUGCCGUCACGGUGGGCAGCCUCAUCCUGGGAUAUACCCGCUCCAGGAAAGUGGACAAGCGCAGUGACCCCUACCAUGUGUACAUCAAGAACCGCGUGUCUGUAAUCUGA